UCUACGCUACCAAGCAAUGACUUCGUCUAGUAGCUCUCUCAAUCAGUAUACGUCGAGGUUCGACAACUAGUCGGACUAGGGCAAGCACUGACAAAAUUAUAUAGGGAAACCGUUUUUAUGCGAGAGUACAUGCCCACCAUGCUGCUCUUCAGCCUCGCUAACUUUCUCCAGCCUGCAAGUUUUGUUUUAGUACUUAUCCAGAGGACCCAAGGGGAACACAUUAUGCCCAAGGAUCUGUCAAUGCCCAGGAUGUUGUUUUCAUCUUCAAGACGACAUGCAAAGAGCACCAUCCCGAGACGUGAGCACGGAACUCCCCCCCGGAGUCCACCGGCUCAAUGUCUACAAAGAUAUCAACUGUCACAGUUUGCAGGGAAUCUGUGGAAGACACUUUAUAAAAAAAAAAUCAACCACUCCGGAAACGUAUCUAUGCAAAGAUACACUUGUGGUUCGUUUGUGCUUUUGUGCUUUUGCGCAAUGCGAGAAAUCUGACCACAGGGUCGAUGAUGGCAUGAGAAUCGGUCUUGUAUUUUAACCAGCUGGAAACCGUCGCGGAAGAGCAGCCAGAGGCUUGCCAAACCAGCUUUUCACCACAACAGCCGCUGUACGAAGACCGCCUCCGGAGUUUAAGACCUCAUUUAUCGCCACCACAUGUCCUAGACGCAGUUUUGUGGGUGACUAUGUUCGCAGUGU